UAAGUAGAAUAAAAAUCAGGGAUUUUGGUGCUAUGCUACACAUUCCCAGACCUCGCUAUAAAACAGAUCCGAUCACUCUCCUGAUCGGCGCCGGCGUUAAUUCCAAGAAAAGAAGAAGAGAAGAAUCUGAAAAACUUUAAGCCGCUAUGGGUCUGCAGGAGGAUUUUGAGCAGUACGCCGAGAAGGCGAAGACCUUGCCGGAGAGCACUAGCAACGAGAACAAGCUUAUCCUCUAUGGACUCUACAAGCAGGCCACCGUUGGAGAUGUCAAUACUGCUCGUCCUGGCAUAUUCGCCCAGAGGGACAGGGCGAAAUGGGAUGCAUGGAAAGCUGUUGAAGGCAAAUCGAAGGAGGAAGCAAUGAGCGACUACAUCACCAAGGUGAAGCAGCUCCUGGAGGAGGCUGCUGCUGCAGCCUCUUAAGAAGUUAUGAACUCUAUGCUACAUGGCUUCUGUCAGCUGAACAACUCUAUGCUAAUCUGGUUGCUGACAACUUACCAUUCUAUCAAUUCGGGAUGUGAACUAUGUACCUCUUUGUGUACUGUUGCAUAAUUUAUCCAUCUAUUUAUGAAGACUAUUAGUCCUAUGAAUCAUAUUAUCUUGUAAUCUUUCAUCUCUCUGGCUGUGUACUGCACAAUAGAAAAAUAAUGGUUGUCAAGCCAGUUACAUGCCCCAA